GAGGGGUUCGCCGUACUUGACCGUUAGUAUGGAGAUGGAAGAAUCAGGCAUAAAUUGGUGACUUCUCUCUUCUCUAGUAACUCAAGUUUCGUAAAUAUUGUUGAGUUUAUUUUGUAAAAAGUUCAGCAGAGAUGGCUACGUUUACUCGCAUUGCUGACGAUGAGCGCCCCUCCAUCUCGGUAGAUCCCAGUGCCAUCAUCUCCAAGAUCGAGGAUAACAUCUAUGGAGGUUUCACAGAGCACAUGGGUCGCUGCAUCUACGGCGGCAUCUACGACCCCGGAAAUCCCCUGUCCGAUGAGAAUGGUUUCCGAAAGGAUGUCAUUGAGGCCUUCAAGGAGCUCAACUGCCCUGUUGUGAGAUAUCCAGGCGGUAACUUUGUUGCUACGUAUCAUUGGCUUGACGGUGUUGGUCCCAGGGAGAAGAGACCUGCUAGACCUGAACUUGCGUGGAUCGGUACAGAGACGAAUGAGUUUGGCACAGAUGAGUUUCUCAAGUGGUGUGAGGUUGUAGGCACUGAGCCUUACUUUGCUCUCAACUUUGGAACUGGUACUCUUGAUGAAGCCCUCGCAUGGGUCGAGUACUGCAACUCCGACAGACCAACAUACUACGCCAACCUCCGCCGUCAAAACGGCCGCGAGAAACCCUAUAACGUCAAAUACUGGGCCCUCGGAAACGAAAUGUACGGACCCUGGCAAGUCGGCCAAAUGACAAAGGAAGACUACGCCAAGAAAGCCUACCAAUGGGCCAAAGCCAUCAAGCUCCUCGAUCCCAACGUCGAGCUCAUUCUCUGCGGCGAAACAGGCCACAGCUCUUGGGACGCGUAUGUCAUCAAGGAGUGUAUCAAGUUUGACAUUCACGGCUUGGGCGGAAGUACGACUGCCAGUCUUAUUGAUCAGCACAGUAUUCACAUUUACACUGCUAGUGAGGAUCACUACAAGAACGCUACUGCCCCCCGUUCUGCUGAGCGUGCCAUCGAGAUCACAGCCGGUCUCAUCGACCUCGCUCGCAUCGAGAACAAAGUGCCCCCCAGCGUCCGCCGUCAAAAGAUCUGCUUCGACGAGUGGAACGUAUGGGAUCCCGUCCGCGCCCCCGGCGAAGAAGGCGCCGAAGAGAAAUACAACCUCUCCGAUGCCCUCGCCGUAGCAAUCUGGCUCAACGUCUUUGUCCGCCAAUCCAAGCACAUGGGCAUGGCCAACAUCGCUCAAAGCGUAAACGUUAUCUCUCCCCUUAUGACCACAAAGGACGGUCUUCUCAAGCAACCAACAUGGUGGUCUUUACUGCUGUACAGCAAGUACAUGCGCGGAUCUACCAUCGCUGUUAAUGUUCGCGCUGGUGAAUACCAGGGCCCUACGCAUCCGGAGUGGAUUCGCGGUGCCAUUGAGACGCCGUGGUUGGAUGUUAGUGCUGCGCUUGAUAAGGAUGGUGUUGUCAACCUUGCUGUUGUGAAUAUCCAUGAGGAGAAGGACUUUGAGACGGAGCUAAGGGGCUUGACGGGUGGUAAGGAGGUUGAGGUUCAUACUGUCAGUGGAAAGGACGUCAAGGUUGUCAACACUGCUGAGAAGGAGGAGGUUGGUAUCAAGGAGUCCAAGUGGAAUGGCGAGGGCUUGUUCACGUUCCCCAAGCACUCGUUUACUCUGCUGCGCUGGAAGCUGUAGACCUGGAUAGAUCAAACGACUUGGUUAUAGAACAAUAGAAAUGGAAAUAUCUGAUCAAGGUUCAACAUUCUCCUGAUUCAUUACUCGUUUCUGGUUCUGUCCCUUGCCAUAUACCAGCUAUCAAUCCAACCUGUGCUUGAAACCCAGUAACCCGUUACUCCAUCAUCCCAAGAAAACGCUCAUAAACCUCCUAUCCCGCAAGUAAUUCAUCAGCAAACUCCCCAACCCUCUCCCCCAACUGAUCCAAAACCCCUUCCUCCACCCAAAAAUGUCCCGCUGUCUCAAUCUCCGUCCCUUUAAACUGCGACCCCAUCUUCCCUUCCAUCUUCGCCUUCCAACUUCUAAACUUCCCCACAGGUGCAAACCCAUCCUCAUCUCCAAAGAUCACAAGUGACGGAUUUCGCACCAGUUUUUCUUCAGCCGCUACAUCCUGCGGAUCUUUGUUCUUUACCAAUGCCGAAGGGAGUAGCGACAUGGUCGCCAGAUGUGUGACCACGCCUUGGGGAGGUGAGAUCAUGAGGUAAGCAGGUCGCGGCAUGGUGAGAUCCGUAAUACGAGGGAGAUGCUCUCCCGGCUCAGGCGGUACGACAGCCGUAGGUGGGUUCUGCGAAACGUUUCUCGAAUGUCUUCCAGCUCUCGCCUUGGCGAUAAAAUCGUGAACACCCUUUCUAAACCUCUCAUCAUCCAGCGAAAAACUCCUCCUUGCACUAGAAUGACUUCGUCGUGGGCUCCCGCCCUCAUCGCCCCCAAUUCUUACACCACGCUUACUCCUCCCCCGCGCUGACCCCUCCAUCAUUGCGGCACGGGCACUCGCAAGCACAAUAUUCUGCUGCUCAGCAAGAUGCGCAGCUCGAAGUCGAACUUCUGCGGCGUCGGAGCCUGCGAUGGGUGAUAUGAACGGUUGGAGAAUUGCGUCGAGGGGUGGUAUUUGCGUUACGAUCAUCCCGCCGUAGGAGUAACCCCCCAUGAGCAAGAUGGGCCGUGGUCGAGGCGCUGAAGUGACAGCUGCGUCUAGACUAAUCGGUGCUUCUAACCUUGUCGGUGUCGAGGGUUCGCUGUGGAGGGUAUUAUCGAUAUGCGGUCGGAAGGGAUCGAGGUCGUGAACGUAGUGUAGAACAAAAGCGACAACGGUGGCAUAAUCGUCUCGUUCGGGUUUCGCAGUCCAUGAAGUCCGUCCCGCAGAUCCAUGUGCACCUCUACACAAUCAGCUCAAGUCCCCCAUCCCUAUAAAUCACCUACCGAAAGUUAAAGGUCCCUACCAAGAACCCCUUUCGUAGUAACUGCGCAGCUGCCCCUCCAACCACAGGAUCAUCAUAGCAUCCUCCCAUGGGCGCAUAAGGAUGAGCCACGACAGCGGCAUGUUUCAGCCAUGUUGGAGCUUUUGGGUUCGCAGACAGCGAGAGCGGGUGGUAGAUUCGGCAGUCGAGGGUUAGACCGUCGUGGAUACUGGGGAGGGUUAGUGUGAGUGUUGGUUCUGGAAGCAUUUUGGUCGUGUCAUGACAUGGUGAGAGGGUUCAAUUGGGUUUGGAGAAGCAAGAACUGGGAAAGAUUGGGAUGACAUGGGAUUGUG